AAACAUAACCUCACUUAUUACAAAACAAUGCCAAAAAUAAUUAAUAAAACGGUUUUAAUAACGAGUGUAAGUUUUGGUAGCUUCCUUUUAGGUUCUUAUUAUGAAAAAUAUAAAGAUAAACUAAAUGAUUUACCUCAAACCAUAAAAAAACUACCGGGGUUACCACUGUAUGGUACAGUAUCAGCAGCUACAAGUUUUUCUACUGCACCAACAAAUACAGGAAGUAGAGUUUCGCAAAUAAUGAAAUUUGGUUUUCCUGGUUACGAUAAUAUCCGAUCGUUUGAUGAUUAUGUUUUAAGUUAUGACAGAAAGACGAAAGUAGCACAUUGGGUGUUUGAACAUUUAACGAGUGAAACUGUUAAACCAAAUAAAGCUGUUGAUAGAGCUUUAUGUAACUUUAUGUCUGAUGAAAGUAUUCAUAAAUAUUUUCGAUCGGAAAACACGGAUUAUAAAGGAUCCGGUUAUGAUCGAGGACAUUUAGCUGCUGCUGGAAAUCAUAAAAAUCAUCAAAAACACAUCGAACAAACGUUCUUUUUAUCAAAUAUGGCCCCGCAAGUUGGUGUUGGAUUUAAUAGGGAUUCAUGGAAUCGAUUGGAGAAAUAUGUUAGAAAGUUAACUAAAGUUUAUCAAAAUGUAUAUUGUUGUACUGGACCUUUAUAUUUACCAAAGAAAGAUGUGGAUGGGAAAAAAUAUAUUAGAUAUGAAGUAAUUGGGGCGAAUAACGUCGCUGUUCCAACACAUUUUUUUAAAAUCCUUGUAGGGGAAGCUGCAGAUGGUGGUUUAGAAAUGGAAGCUUAUGUUAUGCCUAAUACUGUAAUUGAUGAUAACACCCCAUUAUCAAAUUUUCAGGUGCCUCCAGAAAGUGUAGAAAAAGCAGCAGGGCUUUUAUUCUUUGAUAACAUAUCUAGGGCUAAAUUAAGAAAAAUUAAUGGAAAAAGUAAUUGAUGUAUUUUAAAAUUAGA